GGCGGCCCCUUUAAGGAGUCGCUCUGCGGUAACCCGAACCCGCAGUCGUGGCGCAGCGGCCACAGCGCUUCGGGCUCCUCCCGGCGGCGGCGGCUCGGAUCUCGGCGCCGGCUCGCGGCUCAGGGGAGGCACGGGCCCAGGAGCAGACAGCCCGGCGGAGCGCAAGGACCCUGGCCCAGGUGAAGGCUAAUUUCUAUUCCAAUGUGGGAGUAUGAAUUGAGAAAUCAGAAAAGUGCUCAAAGGAUAACUGUGGUUGUGGUGGAUUGAAGAAACAUGGAUUUCUACAGCAUUAUUGGCAUUGUUUUUACCAGUUUUCUCAUGUUUCAACUUCUUUUCCAUGUUGUAAGUUCUUGGUUUUCAGCACAAGUAACCUCAGGUUUUAACAAACUAAGCACCCAAAAGAAGAUUGAAUGGAACUCAAGGAUAGUAUCCACAUUCCAUUCCUUGUUGGUUGGUUCUUUAUGCCUAUAUAUCUUAUAUUUUGAUGAAGCUACUAUAGCGGAUCCUCUUUGGGGUGAUCCUUCAGUUGUUCAAGUGAAUCUUGCCAUUGCUUCAGGCUACCUCCUCUCUGAUAUGCUUCUUAUCCUUUUAUACUGGAAGGUGAUUGGUGAUAAGUUUUUUAUCAUUCACCAUUCGGCAGCUUUAUAUGCAUACUCCUUUGUACUGACAAAAGGAAUGCUGGCAUAUUUUGGUAACUUUCGUCUCGUUGCAGAGUUUUCUAGUCCUUUUGUGAAUCAAAGGUGGUUCCUUGAAGUGCUAGGAUACCCCAAAUCUUCAAAAGCUAACAUCAUCAAUGGCGUACUAAUGACAGUAGUAUUCUUCAUCGUAAGGAUUGCAGUCAUAUUUCCUUUCUAUAGUCAUAUUUAUGCUGUAUUUGGAACAGAAGGUUUCAACAGACUAGGAUUUGCUGCCCAAAGUGCCUGGAUUGGUUGCAGUGGUGUUUUAGAUGUAAUGAAUGUAAUGUGGAUGAUCAAAAUUUCAAAGGGAUGCCUCAGAGUCAUCUCUCUCAUAAGAAAGGAGCAAACCAACAAGAGUCAUCAAAAUGGAAAACUUGACUAAAAAUGGCAUAUUGAAAAACAAGCUACUUCAUUACAACCUAACAUUUGUGCUGAUAUGUGCUGAUCUGACAUGUCUUGGCAUGGUCUGUGCUUCUUUAUUAAUAUUUGCUAUUCAAGAUUUCCAUGACAACAUCUGUUUUUAAUUUUAGGAAAGAAAAACUAAGAGUAGCUUUUAUUCCAAGACACCUUCUCAGCUUUCCAGCUGCCUUAUAAGCAUGAAUACAACUUUAAGAGUUUAAAGAACAAUUUACAAAUAUAAUGGAGAUUCUUCAGAAACGUAUUACUUGCACUAGCAUUUUUCACCAUGAAAAGAUGGCUGUGUUCAUGUGUGUGGUGCACUUUGUUUUAUCUGGUUAAUUCUGUCGACAGAAUUUAAAUGACCUUUAGCUCUCUUUUCUAUCAAUGUUUUCAUAGCAACCAGCACUUACUUGUAUGGGGCUUGGCUUCUAAAUAGUCAAUAUUAACCAAUGGAUUUUGGGACAUGAAAUGGUGACUCUGGCACAGCUUAUCCAUUUAAAUAUUAGGAUGAAGUACUUUUGCUUCAUUAUAUGUAUCUAAUUAGCUUGCACAUGGAAAAUAUUUCCUGCAUUGUGAGAUUUUUUUUAGGUAUAUGGGGAUUUUGUAUAUGUGCACUUUUUACAUUUUUUCCUUUGUUUAUCAUGUCAGAAUACAUAACAUUUUGGUUACUUGAUAACCAAAUUUUGGGGUUGGCUCAAAUAAAAAAAACAACCUUAAUUUCAGAGGUAUUUUAACAACUUGGAUUUUCUUAAUUCCCAGUUUAAAGUCUGGGUUCAAAUCCUGUCCUUCCUGAUAGAAGAAAUCCAUGUUAUUGGAAAACUUAUUUCCCCCCCUUUUCUUAAUAAUUGACUUCAAGAGAACUGUUUUACGCAGUUUUCUCUAGAACUGAGCACAUCCUUCCUUGAUAUGUGUUGAUGAAAGAAGAGAUUUGGGAAAAGCAAUCAACCAACCAAUAUUUAAUACUAGUAGGUAUGUCAGAAGGACAUUUCAAAUGUGCCUAUUCUAAUAGUUUAGCUCUAUCUCAUUUUGCGAAUCCCUCUAAAACUUCUAAAUAUCUGUUAGCAUCUUGAUGACAAGAUAUGCUAAUAUUCAUCUGCCUUCUUGUUGGGUGUUUGAAAUAAUCAGUCUUUUACUAUCAGAAAAUAAAGUCUUUCACUACAUGUGGUCCUUUAGUAAGGAAAGCUAUUAAAUAGUUUUUUAAAAAAUUUUUCUUUAGCAUUUCAUCAAGUUAUUACUGUGGUCUAUUUUUGUAUUACAGUAAGAACUGGAAUAGACCUAAUUAAAAACUUCCAUAAGAGAGGAAUGAUUUCUCUAAAAAUGUCAGUAGGCGAUUAUGUGGUUAGAAUAAAAGGAUGAAUUGUGAAGAAAAAUGCUAUGAUUUUGCUGCCUUGUCUCCCUCUCCACCUACCUUGCAGAAGAUAAAUGAUUCUCUUCUGGUUUGCAAAAUCUUUGCUGCAUUUAGAGCCCAAUAAUCAUCAGUACCAGAGCUCAUCUUGUGCAUUAUGAUAUCCAUCAGAUGCUUGAGGUAGGCCAUUUAUCUUCCUUUUUAAAAAUACCCUAAAAAUAUUUCAGGGUUUUUUGUUUUAUGCUUUUGUAGAGUUGAGACCCAGUGAUGUAUAGACAGUGCUUUUCAAGUUUUGUCUUUAUUUUCAUUUGGUCUAAAUGACAAAGGAUGAUAAUGUAAUUAUGUACAUGUGUUGAUUAUUAUCACAUGUAUGUAAAAUAGAGCAGUUUAUUUGCUGAAAGCCUGGUGACUGAACUCUGUUGUUUUUGUUCUACCUGUGAAAGGAAAAUAGUGUUUUUAUACAACCUAGGGUGUACGUCAGGGAUUAAAUUAAUUUUAAUUAAAAAAGAUUUGUUUCAGGUAGGUUUCUAAUUUUGCACCAAAUUAUUUUCACUAGAAUAGAACUUUCACUGUUCAUAGUAUGAUGAAAGUUCCACUUUGGGUUGUAAAAUGGCCUAAUAUAGUUAGUAAUGAGUUACUAAAUGAAGCCAGAGUUUUUUUUUCUUACUUGAUUCCUUUGUCCAGUCUAUAAGUCAUAAAAUCAUUUGAAGAAAAAAGCUUAAACAAUUUAGUUAAACUAUUGGCAUUUAUUUUAAAAAUCAUUAAUACUUUUUUAUCUUUAAAAUUAAUGGCACACUACCAGCACCUUGCACAUAAACAGUCAAUAAAUAUUUAUUGACUUCUUUAUUUAAAUGGAAAAAUAGAACAAAUAUUUGUCUCACCCCUGCCUUUCUGACAAACUGCUUGCAUACAUGCUGCUUUGGAAAUGAAUUCCUUUAGAAUGAAAUAAAUUUUUAAAUAAAGACCUUAGCUCCAAAGAUAUCUUUUUAGUUCUGAACACAGAGAUUAAAAAGCUGCUUAAGAUAAAGACAGCGCAAAUUUAAUAUUCCUAGAUUCAGCACGGUAUUUCCAGCUAAAAUUAUUCACUUUAUAACUGUCAUGAACAGUACCUUUCAUUGGCAUAAGUACCUCAAAUAUAAAUCUAUUUGAUGUGUCAUUUUAGAUUAAGCUUUUUUGCUUAUGUUAAUCAAAUAUUUACUAUUUGUCCAUGUAUUUACUACAUAUCAUUUACCAUAAAUUCCUUAAUUUUAAAAUCUAAACUCAGUCCAGUUUCAUUGCUGAUAUAAAACACAUGAAAUGAAAUAUAGGCUAAUUUAAUAGCUUGAAAUUCACAGUUCACAGGAAAUAUAUUUCCUCAAACUUAGUUGUGUGAUUAUAACAUUCUGAUGGUUUAAUGGCUGAGGAUACCCCUGGUUAAGAAAUGCGAUAUCUUAGCUACUAAAUAUUCUAACUAGAUGGAUCUUAGAUGAAUCUUUUAGGGGCUCUAAUAUUGGAUAUGUAAUUCAAAUAUUUUUCAAAAUACAGCAAGUUGACAUAAAGAAAUUUUCUAUCAACUUUUUUGUAGGAAAUUAAUUGCAUUAUUGGUAACUUGAUUUUACCAAAACUAAACUUUCAAACUGUGACUUUAAAAAUCAGCAGGAAAUUUUAUUACAUAAGUUCAGUUAAUUACUCAUGUGAUUGUCCAUGCAAGAUCAGAGUCAAAGUAUUAGCUGUGUAAGUAAUUAACAUAAUUAAGUAGUUUCUUUGGGCAAAUGAAAGAAUUAGGAGUUUAAGUUUUCUUUCUUAUGUAUAAAAUCCUCUUAGUGAAGAAUGUUUGCAAUUGUUUAAAAUUCAGAGUGGUAGAGUUACGGUAUGUUUAUGUAAGAUAGGGAAAGUUCUUAUUAUAAGUUUGUUUUCAGUCCAAAUAUGUAACAUUUUUGGAAAAGUCCUGCAUUGAAACUGAUAUAAUAGUUACAUGCCUUGAUCAACUUUAAAUAACUUUAAGUGACUUAAAUGUACUGUGCAGAAUUCAGUAUAGUCUUAAGACUAUAGAUCUAGUUAAAAUUUACAUAGUUUACAGCAAACAUUUAAAUAAAACUCUUUUCUAAAAUUUAAAAAGAAAUUUGACUCGAAUUACAUUUUUACUGAUACAGAUUUUUUAAAAAAAUAAAUAUUUAGGCUUAAAAUUUGUAUAACUUCUUUGAAGUAAGUACAUGAGGAGUUUUGGUGGUAUAGUCAUCCAAAAAUUGGCCUUCAUUUUUGAGAAAAGCUGACUUCAGUGUGAAUUGCAAGAUUAGUUUAUAGUGCAUGUAGCACAAGAGUUGCCCAAUAAAGGUAUGUAAGGGUAGGUAUUGUUGUGGUUUCCAAAUGUGUUCUUCUAGUUCCUGGGAGGAAAUUUGCUAUGUCCAAAAAUUGGUUAUAUUACUGGGAAUAUUUAAAAUAAGUCACUUUAAAUGUUUUUUAAAUUUUUUUUAAUUUUGAAAAAUUGCAUUGUCCCAGUCCAAAAGUUUGGCAGAAGUGGUUCUAAGUGAAUGCUAACCUGAAAAUAUGUCUAGAAUUGGUAAUAUCAGUUGUUAAUAGUGAUUCAGCACAGAACAUGAAGUUGUAGACUUAAAGUUCUAUUAAGAACCAAAUGAAAAACAGAUCAUCAGAAGAUAUGUUGCCCAAGUGGCACACCUACACACACACACACACACACACACACACACACACACACACCCCUCUGAACUAAGCUAGAGUGGCUAAUGCCUCACUAGAUCUGAAGAAAGCAGCAUAGAUCCAGUGGGACUUGCAGAUCAGGUAAGGUUAUCAGAGAAGAGCUCUUUUACCUAUAUGUGAAGAGUGCUGUAGGCACAGAGACCCCUCAGUCCCUCUCUAACUCAGAACAGUUCACCGUGUUUUUCACCGGUCGUCCAGAGAAGCAUCACAUUGGUUCCUCUGAGCCUGCCUACCACUAUCAUUCUCCCACAGCAUGUGACUAGUAUGCCCUCUGUGGAUACCUCUCUUCCACUAGACCUUCGGUCCUCAGAUGUGUUGGGCAAAUUAAGAAAUUUAUAAAUUCAUUGUGGCAUAUAUGUGUACACAAGACUUGGAAGGAUUAUAUGAAGAUAAGAGUGAAGACUGAUCAAACCAUAUUUUAUUAGACAGCUAUGGAAAGUCAUUCAGUCCAAAUAGAAAUGGUUCUCUAGUAUUUAAAAAUAUUUAAGAAUCCUAACAGCCGUUUAUUGUGUGAGGGAGAAUUAAAGAUGUUGUGGUUUCACUGGAAAAUAUCUGCAACUUCUGAUGAGAAUGUGAUUGGGCGAUAUAUACUUUAUGAGCUACUUAGGGACUUUAAUACUUGGUGUUGGUAUUAUCUAUUCAACAAUUCCACCAGUGAAUAAAUGAGUUGUUUAAGAUACUUUGUAAAAGUAUAACACUGAUGAUCUUUCCUUUUCCAAAUUUGAGUCCCAAGUAGCCUAUAAUUUCUUUGAUGACAACAAAAGUAUGUGAAUGGGGAGAGCAUUUUGGAGAUGAGUGAAGAAUCAAAAGGCAGCUAUAAUAAAAGAUGAUUUGCAGUGAAAAUGUUUACAUUGAUUCACUUUGAGCAAAGAACAUGUCUUGAUGUGAGGCCCUAUGCUUGGGACCAAGGGCAAUGGAAAAGACUAUUUCCAUAUUGAAAAAUAAGUUUCUUUGCAUAAAGGAAUACCUCUGGCUGAAAACUCGUUAAGUGUUGGCUAUGUAAUUUUUCCCUUGUACCUCUAUGUAAUCGUGUUGUAAUUAAAUGAUAUGAGGGUUAUUUGCUACUUCCUGGUAAAUGAAACCUAAAACACAAAAGCAAAUAAAACAUUGUGUAUUUUUUCUUCCUCUCUUGCCUGAUUGUUGAAAUAUUGUAUAAUUAUGUCUAUAUUUUAAGGGCUUUUAUGUAAGCAUAGAAGACAUUAGAUUUUUAGUACUUGCUACCAAGAAAUGUAUGAGAAUGUUUUAAAAAUUUUUUAUCAAAAUUUUUAAUAUAAAAGUCGUUUAAAGUUAUGGAUUUUAUUUGAAAUAAUGUAUGCAUACUGCAAUAAAUUCAAAUAUUUAGAUAUUUUAGAUGUAAAUGAACUACAUAUGUAAUGCUUGCACACAAAUUCUAUUUAAAAGAAUAAACAGCAUAUACUAUUUAAAACCUCA